GAAAUUGACACUCUAUAAACAACAAUUUUCCGUGUUGCCCCAACUUCCUCGUUAAAGUUACAUGAUUAGUUUAAUUGCGUAAUUAAACUACACAUGGAGAAUUGGUUUGAUAAUAUACAGUCUUCACAUUUUAUGAUAGUCAACAACACGAAAGCAUAUAACUUUCGCUGACAUCACACAUAUACAUUGUAAUUUUCGAUUUACCUGAUAUAGUAGGAUGGCUAACAUUGGAUGUCUGCGAAGGUGUUGUCUUCUAGCCAAGAUAUGAAAUGCAAUCAUAAUUGACUGUAGUGCAUAUAAGGCACACACAACAGUUCCAUGAUGACUGAAAACACAACCGUGGGAUGAACAAGUGACACAUUUCUGGGCGGUCCAUUUAAAAUUAAAUAAUUCUUCCCUCGCCCCUUGCCCUGCAAGUGUCAACUCAUCAGACGUCAUGAUACGUCAUCACUUUUCUGCUCUUUUGCACACCAGUAUCUCUCACCAGUAUCUCUUUUGCACACCAGUACUUGCACAUCACAAUCUGCUCAUCUAUCACUUCAGUUGUCACGUUCGUCGUCCUCCUCAUCUGAGGAUGAGUAGUAAGAAGGAUCGGAGGACCAAUGCGCAGCGUGAUAUGAAUACAUUGUUACUUUUAUUAACGAAUAACACUGAAUAACCUUACAAAACAAUAAAUGGACAAACCAACAAAAAUGCAACAGUCCCGUAUGGUGACAUAAAAAAAGACACAGAAACAGGAACAAUCACCCACAACCCACAAUACAAAACAGACUACCUAAAUAUGGUUCCCAAUCAGAGACAUCGACUAACACCUGCCUCUGAUUGAGAACCAUAUCAGGCCAAACACAUAGAAAUAGACAAACUAGACUUACAACAUAGAAUGCCCACUCGGAUAACACCCUGACCAAACAAAACAUAGAAACAUACAAAGCAAACUAUGGUCAGGGCAUGACAUCAGUGUUAAUUUGCUAAAUUUUAAUUACUUCGCUACUAUGGCCUAUUUAUUGCCUUACCUCCUCACGCCAUUUGCACACACUGUAUAUAGACUUUCUUUUGUUUCUAUUGUGUUAUUGACUGUACGCCUGUUUAUUCAAAGUUAAAUCUAGAAUUGGCUUACUAUUUCGCAAAAAAGCAUCCUUCACUCAUGCUGCCAAACAUACCCUUGUAAAAUUGACCAUCCUACCGAUCCUCGACUUCGGCGAUGUCAUUUACAAAAUAGCCUCCAAUACCCUACUCAAUAAAUUGGAUGCAGUCUAUCACAGUGCCAUCCGUUUUGUCACCAAAGCCCCAUAUACUACCCACCACUGCGACCUGUAUGCUCUCGUUGACUGGCCCUCGCUUCAUACUCGUCGCCAAACCCACUGGCUCCAGGUCAUCUACAAGAUCCUGCUAGGUAAAGUCCCCCCUUAUCUCAGCUCGCUGGUCACCAUAGCAGCACCCACCUGUAACACGCGCUCCAGCAGGUAUAUCUCUUUGGUCACCCCCAAAACCAAUUCUUCCUUUGGCCGCCUCUCCUUCCAGUUCUCUGCUGCCAAUGACUGGAACGAACUACAAAAAUCUCUGAAACUGGAAACACUUAUCUCCCUCACUAGCUUUAAGCACCAGCUGUCAGAGCAGCUCACAGAUUACUGCACCUGUACAUAGCCCAUCUAUAAUUUAGCCCAAACAACUACCUCUCCCCCUACUGUAUUUAUUUAUUUAUUUUGCUCCUUUGCACCCCAUUAUUUCUAUCUCUACUUUGCACAUUCUUCCACUGCAAAUCUACCAUUCCAGUGUUUAACUUGGUAUAUUGUAUUUACUUCGCCACCAUGGCCUUUUUUUUGCCUUUACCUCCCUUAUCUCACCUCAUUUGCUCACAUUGUAUAUAGACUUAUUUUUCUACUGUAUUAUUGACUGUAUGUUUGUUUUACUCCAUGCGUAACUCUAUGUUGUUGUAUGUGUCGAACUGCUUUGCUUUAUCUUGGCCAGGUCGCAAUUGUAAAUGAGAACUUGUUUUCAACUUGCCUACCUGGUAAAAUAAAGGUGAAAUAUAUAUAUUUUUUAAAUCCAUGUGUAACUCUGUGUUGUUGUAUGUGUCGAACUGCUUUGCUUUAUCUUGGCCAGGUCACAGUUUUAAAUGAGAACUUGUUCUCAACUAGCUUAACUGGUUAAAUUAAGGUGAAAAACUUGUUGUUUUUUAAAAUCAGAAGUGUCCACUUUAUUUGAGGGCUGAGGGGAGAAGGUGUGUAUUUUAAGUGUUUGGGAAUGCAGCCCUAGUGUGUUGUAUUGGGGUUAUGCCACAGAGCAUUAUGGGGGUUCUAUGUGGUGAGAAAUUUAGUGACGUUGGAUAUAGAUUAAAAGUGAAGAAUGAUGGUUGAGCAUUUUUUUUAUAUUAUUCAAUUCAAAUUCGUUUUUUCAAAUUACAGGAUAGCGAGGAGGUAUAUUACAAAUAGUUUUCUUGGUUUUAGAACUUUAUUUUUGUUUGUAGUUAGCAAGGCAAAUUUAAAUAAAUUACACGAACUCCAGUAGCUAGCGUUACCAGCGCGAGUGUGCAUUUAUCUCCUCCAGAAUGGUAGAAUGGCCAAAGCUGUCGAAAAUGUUGUGGAUUUUUUGGGUUGAAGAACCAUUUUCAUUCUCUGGGGUACACGGAAAAGGUGCGAAUUAAAAGCGAGGGUCGACCUCUGCUUGAGAUCAGUUUCAUGAAGAAGGUGAGGGCGUUCAAUACUAACAGGUAUCAAAAGUAUAACUGGUUAAGCACAUCACGUUCGUUAUUGAGCUACAACCAGUGAGAAGAUGAUGCCACCAGUCCGGCUCCAAACAGGCCUUUUUCUUGUGACGUAUUAUGCGCAGUCAUAAAGCUGUGACCUAAAAUGACGUAACCAUGCAUUCAUUCACUACAUAAACUGUUCAGAUUGAUUUAAUCUGUACAAUAGUUUUCUUCACUCAGGUUGUUGCAGGUAAUCUUUGGCCUUUUGGGGCACCUCCUUCCCAACAUAAAUAUACAUAUAUAGGGAAUAGGGUGCCAUUUGGGAUGCCAUCUUUGUGUGUGUGAGUCAGGAUGUGUUUUGUGUCAAUUAAUUGAUGGAAAUGUUUCCCUCAGAAAGAAAGAUGGAUCGUAAUGAUGAGAGAAUAAAAAGAGCUUUAAGACGCCGCCCUUAUGUGUUGAAACCAGUGAGGGUGAACAGCCCUGAUUCCGUGUUGUGGCCAACCGGCAAGGUGCACAGAAGGCCAAAGCCUUCUACUUCAGUGCAGACCCCUCAGAUCCACAAAAGGCCUCCAAUCAUUGUGAGCUAUGGGCAGGACCAAACAUCUGGGGAUGGAUGGAGCGUCAAUCCAGAGCCUCUCAGCCAGUCUGGAAGGGUGACUCGGCUGAUAGAGAGAAAAAAUGAUGACGUGAUCUCAUCCUCCAGUUCUGAUGACUUUUCCAUCUACUCCUUCACUGACUGUGAAUCGGAGUGUGAUGAUGAGGAUCGUGAAAGGAGGACACCACCUCUGAAAGUUGAGAAUGGAGAAGUGACAAAGCUUGACGUGAGGGAUAUGGACGAGGAUGAUGAUCUGUCUCUCCACUCCUUCGAUGAGUCAGACUUCCUGAGCCCAGGGAAGGUCUCAGGUCCUGUAUCUGUCAAGAAUGGCCUCUCUCCUCUUGUGACCUCAGCACCCCGGACACUGGCUGAAGCCCUACGGGCCCUGCCCUCUGCUGUAGGCUCUCCCUACCCAGUAAAUGUCCCAAGGCCUCUGACUCCUCUCAGCCCUGUCAUUAUCGCUCUGCCCCGAACAGAGAACUUCCCAUACCGCCACAGCCCUCGCCUGGCUCCCAUCACCAACCUGAGCGAGACCGGCAGGAAGCUGCUCCAGGAAAUGGCUGGAGUGGCCCCACAGGAAGGGAAGGUCAAUAAGAAAAAGAAGGGCAAGGCCAAAAAAGUAGUAAAACAAGAGGCCAGUAAGAUACAACUGAUGGGAAAUGUUGGAGAAAGUAAGGAGGAGGACAAGGAAGAGGAAAAGAAGAGUCUGAGGAAGAGGUUUCUUCAGUGGCUGCUGCCCAAACUGAGAUGUUCAAAGAAAUAAUGGCCAACUACUGUUUCUAACACACACACACACACACACACACACACACACACACACACACACACACACACACACACACACACACACACACACACAGACACACACAGACACACACACAGAUUUUGAGUAUUGGUUACUCCUACAACACACACAAAUGUAAUUUCAGAGACAGGAACUAUGAUUAGCAAAAUACAUAUAUUGGUCUCAUUCUUAUCUUUUGAGACAUGCAGCAUUAUUAACAAAACAAAAAUGAUAUUGAUCCCCAUACAGCCUAUGAUAAUGAGUUGGAUUUACAUGUUUAGGCUUGGAAAUAUAGCCAGGAGAAGCAGGGUCAACACCUCUACUCAUGCCAUAAGUGCCAUGACAUCUUUAGUAACCAGACAGAUAAGACCUCUGUCUCCACAGUCUCAUCCAAAGGACAGCACCAACCUUAGAGCAGUGUCACUGGUAUUGGGGUCUUAGGUCUCCUUUGGCCAAAGUGAAGAGGUGAGGGCCCCUUACUGGUCUCCUUGCAAUAUCUGGUCUCCCACACAGAGAUGGAAAUCUACACCUGUUUAGACCCUGGAGGAUAUGGCUUCAGAUGAAAGACAGCAGAGAGAUGCAGAAAGUAAAAGCUUCAAACACAUUGAUAUGCAAAUUCAGAACCAUUGUACACUGAAGUGGAGCAUGCAUCUGGUCUGAAGCAUGUCAAAAGAGUGCAAAGAACUGGGACUGGAGGACUGGAUCACAUUUAAACUAAAUUAGCAUGUAUCUGAUGUAGCUACACUUAUCUGUACUUGAAUUGUGCUGUUUGAAACGUGCAU